AGCGCAUAUUGCGGAGGCGUUCAGUCGAGCGACGCGCGCCACGCGAGUUCAAUCGCUUGUAUUUACUUUCAUCUGAUUAUAGCUCAAGUUCUCGAGUGUACUAUUGCGCUUAUACCUUUGCCGGUUGUGAUUACUCUUUUUUUUUAGAAGCAGUGCGGGUUGUAUCGUCGCGAAGAGUAUAUAUAAGUAAGAUACAAGUACUACAACUCACAGGCAUAAAAUAUAGACAAAGUAUAUAAAGGAUAGACGAGGAGUAAGAUGUCGUACUACUUCCGCGAGCGUCCGCGUUUCGGCGAGCGCUUCCGGGGCAAGUCGGGCGACGAAUUGCUGCAGGAGCUGAAGCAGCAGUUCGGCGACGAUAUGCCUUUCUUCGAGACGUCCUCGCCGAGCGCCGCCAGAGGAUCGUCUCCGGGACCGAACAGCACUACUGCAGGCUCUACUCCAUCGGGUGCCGGUAGAGCGAGGGACCCGUUCGAGCGUCACACCUCCUUUCCCAGGGGCUUUCCAUUCGACGACGAAGGUUUCGGUCGUCGCGCCGACAUCCGCUCCCACUUGGACGACCUAGCGGCUCGUCACCCGGAGUUCGCCGAUCACCUGCUGGGCCCACCCUGGGCCGACGUGCCCUUCGCCGGGCGCAACCGCAGACGCGACUCAGCCGAUCGAGCGACUUCGUUUCACAACCAACCGGACGAGGACGCCAGGUCCCAGGCGAGCGGAGGCAGUGCCGCAAGCGGUGCCAGUGGCGUCAGUUCCCACGGCAGCGAUCCCGAGGAGCAGCAGCAGUCCGGUAGCAAGCAGCAGAUACCCCAGUACGGGCUGCGCAACACCGUAGACAUCGGGCAGCACCAGCACAACAUGGAGAACCCCCAGCAGCAGCGCAACGUUCGCUCCAUGUCGGCUCCGCCGGAGAACAGGAACAACCAGGAACAGGCCAACGGCCAGCCCAGAUUCGUUUCCAGAGUCGAAAUCACGCCACAUAGCCAGGCUGAGCAGCAGCAGCAGCAGCAGCAACAACAGCAGCCGCAGCCGCAGUCUCAGAGGGAGAAGAGCCCGGCGCCGCAGCAGAAGCCACAGCCACAAUCACAGCAGCACGGCAACGUAAGGCACAUACCGAUUUUCGUCGAGGGAAGAGACAAGCCGGUUAUCCCUAAGGAAGUGGACGAGCCGGACUUUGCCAGGAGGCAGCAAUCGCCGCCACAGUUCCACAGGCCCUCGCACUAUCAGCAGCAUUAUCAAAAGCCCCAAGCUGAUCGCUGGGCUACUCACUUUGGCGAUCCGUUCUUCGAGCCCCCGACCACUGGACGAUGGGGCCAGCCUCCGCAGUCGCAGUUCCGACACACUCAGCCGCAGGAGAAACCGAAACCCCAUCCCGAGCCACAGCACACGCCACGACAGAGGGCUCAGCCGCAGCAGCCGAAGCCGCAACCACAGCAGCAACAGCAGCAGCAGCAGCCGCCACAUAGCGAACCUCAGCCUGAGGCGCCGCCUAAACCCAGGCAGCAGGUUCAGCCCAAAGACCCACUAGAAAGGGUCGCCGAGGUGCAGAAGGAGGUCGACGCGCUGAACGAGCAGGUGAAGGAGUACUCGGGCAACUCGCGACAGGACAAGCAGUACAUGUACCUUGACGAGAUGUUGACGCGAGAGCUGAUCAAGCUCGACGACAUCGAGACCGAAGGCAAGGACAACGUGAGGCAAGCGCGAAAGCAGGCGAUCAAGAGCAUUCAGGACUCGAUCAGUCUGCUAGAGUCGAAAGCGCCGUUGCCUGGACAGCAGCCAGAGGAGCAACAGAAACCCGAGGAGUCCGAGACGCCGAAAGAAUCCAUGGACACUACCGGCGACGAGAAGCCAGCCGAAUCCAUGGAAACGACUGAGGCGCCCGCAUCAGAGGAACACAAGGCCGCCAUUCCACUGCCGCCGCCGUGUCCAUCCUCUCCAACUAAAACCGCGCCAGAAGCACAGACCGAGGAAGCUUCGAAGAAUGCACAACCCAGCGAGAAUAACGUUCAAAAUCAAGAAGCUACAACAACGACUACGCUGGAAACUCAAGUCGAAACCGUGACACAAGAUAACGCCGCUGCCCAACCAGCGCAAAAUGUCGACGAAAAACAGACUGCCGAACCCAUGGACAGCAGCGCUGCUCCCCCCGUUGAGCCUCAAGCUUCCAGUGACAUUGCGAUGGAGGUCAGGCAGUCCUCGCCUGCAAAGGAGCUCCAGCUUGGUGCAGAACAACAGCAGAGUCAAGCCUUGAUCGUCAAUGAUCAGAUGCAGGAGGCGAAGGACGCCGCGGCUCCUGCGGCGGAAAUCACUGCCGAGAAGGUGAAGAAGGAACCUCCACCAGUACCCGCGAAGCCCAGCAAAUCGCCCAAGAAGGCCAAGAAGACGAAGAAGCAGCCAGAGCCUGUUUCCGAGACUGCGAUACCUCUACCUGCACCUGUUUCCGAGACUGCGAUACCUCUACCUGCACCUGUUUCCGAGACUGCGAUACCUUUGCCUGCGCCUGGCCAGUCGAUCUAAGCUGGCACACGUCGCGAAAGGGAGAACACACUCGUUGAUUUGUGGAUUACUUAGGACUGAGAUAAUUUUGCGCGAGGGGCAUCCAUUUGAUCCGAAAUCGGACACCGGUUCAGCGACACUUGAGCAUUUUUCAAUUUGAUCGACAGAUUUAUGUUAUUCCAUUGAACGAUAGCGAUCGGAUAGAGAAAAUUGAUAUAGCUGUGCUUGAGAUAAAGUUGUAAAAGUUAAUUAUUCGGUGGAAUAACACCGAUUGGAUCGACAAGAGCGAUUGUUGAAAUGAAAGUGCCGGUGAAAUGUGACUGAGAUUGGAGCCCCUUGGAGAUUAUCGACUGUGAGAGAGCGUGAGUCUUGACUGCUUCCUGUGCAUUCGGUGCCAUGGUAUAGCUCCUCGCGGUACAUGGAUCGACUCGAAGUCUUUGUAGGAAGCUUUGUAGAUAAGAGAAACUACGCGGACUCGCCAGAGAUUGGUUGUUCUUUUUUUAUAAAUGGAUAUAUAUAUAUAUAUAUAUAUAUAUAUAUAUAUAUAUAUAUAUAUAUAUAUAUAUAUAUAUGCCCGAAAUACGCAAGCCUCGAAUAGAGAGAGAAAAAAGAGAAAUACAUUAACCGUAUUUAUUUAGCUUUAGCCGGAAAAAUGCGCGUUUUUGGAUUCCUCGAUACCUAGCGUUUAAUCAACGUCAAGAAAUCUAAGAUAUUAAUGACAUUUGUUUUAUCUACUUUUUCUUCUUCCUUUUAUUUUAUUUGUCGCUAAGUUGUAAAGCGUUGAAUUCGCCGAAUGCGAAAGUGUGAACUGAUUGUAUCCUCCAUGGAUAGAGAUAAUUCGAUCGACUCAAAGUAUCGUUUACUAAGUCUUUCUGUCAAGGCCUAUAAUUAAUGGCCACUUCCUUGGAUGUUUUUGAAGAAUGAGCGAAGGAUUUUAUUGAGUUAUCUACGAUAGUUUCAUUAAACUUUUUAAUUUAUUAUGUAACGUUCGAAAAAAAUCGCGGCUGCCUCGAGCGUAGCAGCGCGGAUGAGAUAUAAAGCACAUUAAGUAAAAAAAUUGUCAUCACGUGACCUUAGGCUAUGUGUUCGAAAAUCUUUAGACUUAAGCACUAUUUUAUGAAGAAAAAAAAUUGAACAAAAUCGAAUAAAAAUACUCGUAUAUGAAA